CCCAACCCCUAAACUUAUCGCCAAGACACACACACACACAACACAACAACAACAACAAAAUGAAAGCACCUGCACAGCAAGACAUGACUUACUAUGGCAAUGUCAAGAAACGGCAAGACGAACAAGGCUGCUUAUACGCAACGUUUUACGCGUUGUUCUGUUGCUGUUGCUGCCACGAGACAUGCAAGUGUUGUUGCUGCGUUUGAUUUCUAUGUAUCAUCUCAAAAAUUAUUCCAUAUAUAUUAUUAUGUGUCCCUCGCAUUUGCUCUUUUAGAUCUACUGAGUCUUGUGAAUUAAAUGUUGAUCAAUAACUUUAUAAAUGUCUCGUGAUAAUAUUGAAUAUUACUGAACUACA